GUCGUGCAACGGUCACGCUGGAACGAACUGCAGGCAGUGGGUCGUCAAAAUUUUGUUGUUUUGUUAAUCAAUAGCAAUUAGAUAAUAAGUAAAAUUAUGCUCAGACAAUUGACACGGUCAGUGCGCCUGACCUCGCGACUACUCACGCAGGUCAACUAUUCCUCGAAUUCUCCGACUGGCCAGUCACAAAUUGCCGUAACCGCGGCCCUGGAAAAUGGGCGAUGGGCGGAAAAGCUCAAGGCCGCCGGCGUCGAGGACACGGAAUUCAACCUCAAGUGCAUCGUGUCCCACGUCCUGAAGCAAAAAUUUAACAAGGUUCCGGACUCCUUUGACCAGUUGCAGUUCAAUUCCGGCCAGCUGGCGGACUUCGAGCGCUUUCUGGAGGCACGUUGCGCCCGGAUGCCGCUGCAGCACAUCAUCGGCGAAUGGGACUUCAUGGACAUCACGCUGAAAACGUCGCCGUCGGUCUUCAUCCCGCGACCCGAAACGGAGGAAUUUAUGCGCCUAGUGAUCGAGGACCACAAGGACGCAAAGCACGUGGACCUGCUGGAGGUGGGCUGUGGUUCUGGCGCCAUGUCCUUGUCCAUGCUGCACAGCCUGCCGCAGGUGGAGGCCACUGCCAUCGAGCGAAGCAAGGCGGCCACCGUGCUGGCGGCCGAGAAUGCCCAGAUGCUGGGCUUGCUGGACCGCUUUAAGGUGCACAACCACACGAUGGAGGAGGACAAGUACCUGCCGGAGGAACUGAAGGACCGGAAGUUCGACCUUAUCAUCUCCAAUCCACCCUAUGUCAAGACGGAGGAGUUUCAGUUCCUCCACCCCGAGGUGGUUGUAUAUGAGAACCUAAAUGCACUGGACGGUGGUUCUGAUGGCUUAAGGGUUGCCCGCCUGGUUUUCGAGCUGGCUUGCCGGCACCUGCGUCCUGGUGGAAAACUUUGGUUGGAGCUGGGAAACGACCAUCCGCCGAUGGUCAAGACCAUCAUGAAUUUGAAGUUCGAGGGCCGCCUCAAGUUCAUCGAGAGCUAUAGUGACCAGUAUAAGCGCGAGAGAUUCGUCCAGAUCGAGAAGGUCUAGGCGGUAUUACUUCAUAAUUUACACUUGGACAAUGCAGUUAGCUAUUACGUUGUCCAUGCAUUUAGCUGUGAUUUGAUUUAUGACCACAAAACCUGCACGCUGCCUAGAGGCUCACAAAUGCCUAUAUAUUAAAUAUAUAGCGGUAUUAUUCCUUAA